AUGGCUCAGGAACUCGACUGGGUCAAGCUCGUCGAGACUUGCCCGGCCGGCGACGGUUGGGGCCCGCCAGUCACCGCCGAGACCACCCUGAAUGGCGUCCCCUAUGCGCCCUUCUCCAAGGGUGACAAGCUCGGUCGCAUGGCUGACUGGACCUCCGAGGGCAAGGAUAGGGACGGCCGCGGCGGAAGACAGCAAUACAACCGUAACUACCGUGAUCAACAAGUCUACGGUGCCGGCCACGCCAUUUCCUUCAACGCUCCUCCCGCCGAGGAUGAGUCCACAUUCUCCGUCGUCAGCAACACCCGCGACAGCACCAAGACAAGAUACGGCCGCGGCGCCGUCUUCACCCGCGGCGGCCGUGGUCAGCGUGGAGGCGCUGCCACCACCUCCCGCGGCGGCAACCGCCAGGCCAUCAACCGUACUCAACCGGGCGGCCGUCAGGGGUACGGCGGUUUCGACCGCGGCGGUAGAGGCGGCGGUGGCCGUGGUGGUCGCCGUUUCGGCUGGAAGGACUACGACAAGCCCGCCCGCAACCGCGACGCCUCCAUCAACAUCAAGGCCGACUGGAAGCUGCUCGAGGAGAUCGACUUCAACCGUCUCGCCAAGCUCAACCUCGACGCCGACGAGGGCGAGGACCUCGAUGCCUACGGUUUCGUCUACGGCUAUGACCGCUCUUACGACAAGCCUCCCGUCAAGGGCGCGGAGCGCAGGCUUACCGCCAUCGACCGCGCGGCUUACAACGUUACCACUUCUUCGGAUCCUGUGAUCCAGGAGCUCGCCGACAAGGGCGAGGCCACCAUCUUCGCCACCGACAGCAUCCUCUCCAUGCUCAUGUGCUCCCCCCGCUCCGUCUACCCCUGGGACAUUGUCAUCUCCGUGCAGGGCAACAAGGUCUUCAUCGACAAGCGCGAUAGCGCCGCCUUGGACAUGGUCACCGUCAACGAGAACGCCGCCGACGCGCCCCUCGACGCGGCCGACGGCAGCAAGGACGCCCUCAACCAGCCCGGCGCCCUGGCCGAGGAGGCCACCUACAUCAACCACAACUUCGCCAACCAGGUCGUCAUCGAGAACGAGUCCCAGAAGCUGCAGUUCCCUCACGCCAACCCCUUCUACAACUCGUCCGAGGACACGGACCCGCCCGCCAGCAAGGCCUACAAGUACCGCAAGUUCGACCUGUCCACCAACGAGGAGGAGGAGAACGUCUACCUCGUCGUCCGUACCGAGGUCGACGCCGUCCAGAAGAACGCCAUCAGCGGCGACGACCAGCUCGUCACCCUGCACGCCCUCAACGAGUUCGACAGCAAGGCUCAGGGCAGCGGUGGCGCCCUCGACUGGCGGACGAAGCUCGUCAGCCAGCGCGGUGCCGUCGUCGCGACCGAGAUGAAGAACAACUCCUGCAAGCUCGCCAGGUGGACCGUCCAGUCCAUCCUUGCCCGCGCCGACGUCAUGAAGCUUGGUUUCGUGUCCCGCGCCAACCCCAAGUCCAACGACAAGCACGUCAUCCUCGGCGUCGUCGGCUGGAAGCCCCGCGACUUCGCCAACCAGAUGAACCUCUCCCUCUCCAACGGUUGGGGUAUCGUCCGCACCAUUGCCGACAUGUGCCUCAAGCGCGAGCAGGACGGCAAGUACGUCCUCGUCAAGGACCCCAACAAGUCCAUCCUCCGUCUGUACGAGGUGCCCGCCGGCAGCCUCGACGAGGAUGACGAGCAGGACGAGGCCCCUCAGGGCGAGGGCGACGACGAGGAGUAA